UUUAAUUUUCAUUAUAGUGUAUAUAACUAGACGAUAUUCAUUUAAUAUAAACUGAGUUUCAAUAUUGUUAUGCAAAAUUUUAAGGAAUCGAAAUCGAAAGAAAAGAGUAUUGCUUUGGUUAACGAAAAGUUAAAAAUAAAAGUUAUUUUUCGUUUGAUCAAUGUUUCUGGAAGUGAAGUGUACUUUAAACAAGAUGGUCAACGUUUUCAUGAAAAUCAAACACUAAAACUGGCAAUAGAGUCUCAAUACAAAGUCAACGUGGAAGUGAAACCACCAUUAGAAUUAACAUUUUUACAAUUUGGGGGAGAAGAGCCUGAAAUUAAACGAGUAAGCAAAAACGACGAUGAUGAGAAAUCAGUGUAUCAAUUUGAGUGGUCAACUUUAGGCAUGGAAGCGACAGCAAGAACACAACGAGUAGAGAUGCCGUGUUUUAUCAGAUUCAAAGAUUAUAAAGAACUAAACUUUAAAUUACAGACAAAGUUUUAUCCAACUAAAGAAGUAAAACAUAUUACCUGGGGUCAAAAACUACACACAAUAACUUUAGAAUGCACAAUUGCAAACGGAAAUUAUCCAUCUUAUGUAGAUAAAAAAUUGUAUCAAUAAUAUUUGCAUGCGCGCG